AUGCUGCGGCAGAAUGCUGAUGUUGUCAUAGGACCUCCAUGUCCCGAAGCAGGUUUGAUAAUGGCGCAUCUCUCAAAUGUUUAUAAAAAGGCCUGGUUAGGAUGGGGAUACGUCAACGAUCCAGAAUUUUCUCUUGGAGACAAAUAUCCGUUCAUUUCGACGCUAGCAGCGUCAGCUAAUACGUAAGU